AACAAAGCCGGCCCCAAAACCCAAUACCUAAAACCCAGAAAACCGGUAAAGCAGUCACCCUGGUAGCUGGAAGAAAAGAGGGGCAUGGAAUUGGGAAGCUGGCAGCACUGAUACUGAUACUGAGACAAAGCUAUCUCCCUUCGUUGAAUCGACCAAUGUUCGCAGUGAGGAACCUUCACCGGUAUAACUUGAAGUCCCUUUCCACUUUCCUCCAUCCCAGUCCCCCCAAAAGUGUCUUUUUACUAAGAGAAUAUUCUGGGAAAGUCAUCUCAAGCAAUCUGAUUCAGCCAAGUAAACCCAGGGAAGAUGGUUUAUUUCCUUCGACAAUGCAAUUCAAUCCUGGAAAUGUGUGGUACCGGGCAAUGUCGACCUCGAAAGGAAGAAGCAUGCGAAGCAAGGUGGAGAAGCGGAUGAAAAAAGAGUCUGGUAAGACUCUAAGGGAGAUUAGGAGAGCCAAGAAGAUCCAAAAGAAGUUGAUGACUGAUAAUGAGAGGCUCGUUUACAAUCUUAAAAGAGCCAAGAAGAAAGUAGCAUUGCUACUACAAAAGCUCAAGAAAUAUGAGCUUCCAGAGCUACCAUCCCCUCGGCAUGAUCCUGAGCUAUUAACUCCUGAGCAGCUUCAGGCAUAUAAGAAGAUUGGUUUCAGAAAUAAAAAUUAUGUUCCUGUUGGUGUACGUGGAGUCUUUGGAGGUGUUGUCCAAAAUAUGCAUCUACACUGGAAGUUUCAUGAGACUGUGCAAGUUUGCUGUGACAACUUUCCCAAAGAAAAAAUCAAGGAAAUGGCAUCUAUGCUUGCCAGACUCAGUGGUGGUAUUGUGAUAAACGUACAUAACGUGAAAACAAUUAUCAUGUUCCGAGGUAGAAACUAUCGCCAACCUAAGAAUUUGAUCCCCCUGAACACCCUUACAAAAAGAAAGGCACUGUUCAAGGCCAGAUUCGAACAAGCUCUUGAGUCUCAGAAACUAAACAUAAAGAAGAUAGAACAGCAGCUCCGGCGGAGUGGUAUAAAUCCUGAGGAUCCAGUUGCUACUGCCAGUAUCCAGAGAGUGGCAGCUUCAUUCUUUAAUGCAAUCGACAAGAAGGAAGGGACCCCUUAUGUCUUCCAUGGGGAUAAACUGUCGCUAAAAGAACCUGAUGAUAAUUUGCAAACAUCAGAACCUACCGAUGAGAAUGAGCAGAAGGAGUUGGACAAGUUUAUAGCGGAAAUAGAGGAUGCAGCAGAACGAGAAUGGGCUGCAGAGGAAGCAGCAGAGAAAGAAGAGUUUGGCAGAAUUAGAUAUUGGAACAGAGAAGAAUUUGGUGGGAAAUUUGGAAGAUCUGAAACACUUAGAGAUGAUGGCUCUGAGGAUGACAUUAGAGGGGAUAGACGUUGGCGGAAUACACGGGGUAAGCAUAACACUUACAAUAGUGAUGAUGAGCACGAUGAUGAUGAUGAUGAUGAUGAUGAUGAAGGUGAUGAUGAUGAAGGUGAUGAUGAUGAUUAUAGUGAUGAUGAUUGAGAUUCUAAUAAUGUGACCGUAUAAAUUAACGAGUUCAAUAUAAACUUUGAGUCAAGAUAAUGUGACAAAUUUUUAAUGGACAGAUUAUUUAGAUUCCAACAACAUGUUAGUUACAACGGUAUACUUAUUUUCUUA